AACUGUCUGCAGGUGCUAAAAUGGCUGUCUAGUUUCAAGUUGGUGAAACUUUCGCCGUUAAUUCAUUUUUUUGCAAGGUUGCAAUUUAAUAAGAAUUUAUUUCGAGCCCCAGUAAGAUGCCAGACAUUGAAAAAUUGCAUCUUGAGGAUGCAUUGGAGGAUAGUCCCCAGACCAGAAAUCUACUAUCUGUGUUUGAAAAAGAUGCUUUUGUAUUGAAGAAAUACACAGGAGGUCUACAAGCAUGCUGUCAAAGAAUUAUGUCAGCACAGAAUGAAUUAUGUGCAGCAACACAAGGUUUAGCACAACAGCUAAGAGCAUAUGAAGCACAUAAAUUCCCUCUAGAAAGUGAAGACAGUAUUCUAACAUCUACAUUAAAGCAGUUUGCCAGCUAUAUAGACGAUAUUAGUUCUAUACAACAAGUGUUAGCAUCACAGUAUUCAGAAACAAUGAUGUACCCUAUAAAUAAAUUUGUCCAAGCUGAUAUAGAAGAAGUGAGCACAAUGUAUGAAAUGUACCAGAUUUCUUCUCAUGAACAUGAACAAGCUUUAGGAAAAUAUAUGAAAUUAUCAGCGAAAAAGAAGGAAAAUGAGAAAGCAAGGAUUGAAACUAACGAAGAGUUAUAUACAAUGAGAAAGAAAUUUCACCAGACCUCUCUACAUUAUUAUUCCUGUCUUAAUGCUCUACAAUAUAAAAGGAAAUGUUUUCUAUUGGAACCAGUCAUGGGUUAUUUACAUGCACAGAGAGCUUUCUUCCAAAUGGGUACAGAUGCUGUUAUGAAACCAGAGAUAGAGGAUUUCUUAGGAAAUAUAAAUGCAAGUGUAUUAAGUGUACAUCAAGAGUUAUCUGUAGAAACCCAGAAGACGGUAGAAUUAAUUGAUUCAAUAGAGAAACAGAGUGUUCAUCUUUAUCAUCCAGAACCUCCUAUUGAUAUGCCAUAUAUCCCUCCUAAUACAUCGCUUGCUCAAAAAUCUGGAUAUCUGUACCAAAGAAGUAAACAGGCUAUAUUAGGAUCCAAAUGGGAUCGUUGUUAUUAUUUUACACAAGGUGGUAAUCUAAUGAGUCAGUCUAAAGAAGAGGCCAGAAAAUAUAACAAAGAUUUUGCAGGAAGUUUAGUAGUGGAUUUAAAUGAAGAAGGAUUAAUAGCUGAAAUAUCAGAAUAUGAUGAUAGAAGAUUUGUAUUUCAAAUAGUAGCGCAUUCAUCCAAAAAGACUGUCGUUUUACAAGCUGAGAAUCACAGAGAAAGAGAAGAGUGGAUUGCUGCUAUAAAUAAUAUAGUUAGAGAUAGUGGGUACGUUAGAGGAGGUAAAACUCCACCAAAACGAAAGGACAGAACACCAAGUUUAGAGAAAAGUCAAUCAGCAGACAAUCAGUCAAUACCUAGUCCAACAACACUCAGUGAGAAUGGUUCACGCUCAUCAUCAGUCAGUACGUCUGCUACCACAACUGGUGCUGCUGCCACGCAAGGGGAGAAUACUCUUGUCUUAGAUACUCCUAUUCAAUUUGAUUUGGUAUCUCCAUCACAGGAAAAUAGGGGGCCUCAAUCACCAAUGUCAGGUCCUCCAAAGCGUAUUAACCCAUUUGAUCAAUCAUCUGGUGAAGUGUUUGACGUUAAGUUUGAUAAUGCAGCAUUUAGUCAAGUAUUUACUGUACGUUUUCUCGGUUCUAUGGAAGUGAAAGCAGAUAGAGGUGAACCACUAGUACAUGAUACUAUCAGACAAAUCAUGGCAGCCCGAGCAAUACAUAAUGUAUUUAAAAUGACAGAAUCUAAGUUUAUUGUAUCUAAUGAAGGGAUGAGAUUAUUAGAUCCUUCCAAUAAUGCAGUUAGAGUGGAAUUUGCUCUUCAGGAUAUCUCAUUUUGGUCAAGACAUCCAGAGAAUGAACGAUAUUUUGGUUUUAUAACCAGAACAAGAAUUGUUGGUGGUGCUAAAAAUAAUCUGUCCUUUGCUUGUCAUGUUUUUGAAAGUAAUAAUUCAUCUGAAGAGAUUUGUAAAUCUAUUGGUACAGCUACUAGAAUGGCAUUUGAAGCAUUAAUGGCAAAGAGAAAUGCCAAGGCUGGUAUCGUUAAACCCAAAGUCAACGAAGAUAAGAAAUUACCAUUAGAAAAUCUAGAGCAGUUAGAGUUGAGUGAUUCAGAUUGCGAAUCCCUACCAUUAAGUCCAGACGGCAAAUUUCUAUUACUGGCUAACACGGACCCAUCAGAGACCGGCUCCUCAGUAUUUGAAUAUAGCAAUCAACCGGUUCGAGAAAAUUUGGGCGAUGGAGACGAACGGCGCAUUGAAGGUGCUGAAUGUGAAUCUGAGGCAUAGCGGAAGUACUGAAGAAGUUAUAAGAAAUGCUGUUAGUGUUAUUGUGAUAGACAGAAUUGUACAAAUAUUAUAUCUUUGGAUGACUUAAAGCAGUCAUAAUUCCUUAUUUCGCUUGUCACUAAAUACUUUCCAUGGUAUACAGUAUGGCUACAUUCUGCUUGUUGCCCUAGAUCAGAGGUGACUAACUUUUUACAUACCGGUACCAUGCAUCAAUUUGUUCACACUUGGAAUCAGAUGUGCACUACAACUCUUAUAAGCCCAUCUAAUUCAAUGAACGAACGUCCAUCUUUCCUACUCAAGAUUUAUUAAAUAUUUUUUUUAAUUGAAAACAGAUUAAUGGGAAAGAAGAUAGUAUUUGCUAAAAAUGAUGUACCGGUAUACGAAAUAAUAAAAUUGCUAAAAAUAAGAACUAGGCUGACUGCCUUACUUUAUUAUUAUCACAGGGAUGUAAUACACCACUUCUAAUCCUCCCUGGGUUGGCCAUCUCUGUCCUAGAUCUAUUCAAAAUGAAUGGGAUUCAAUCUGCUGAUGGUUCACCAAGAAUCCACAAGUCAAAUGCAGAACGUGGGCCAGGUAGAAUGUAAUUGUACUGUUGAAACGCAUUUUUUUCUUCCAAACAUCGAUGAAUUACAUAUUUACAGAGCAUAUUAUUAUUCAUUUGUGCCAUUCAUUGUUAGUUCUGUGUACUCUGUAGCAAUAAUUUAUUAGAAAAAUGUUCAGAUAUAUGCAUAUUUAUUGUGAUAAUAAUUUAUAUAGUAUGAUAACUGGGGACAUCCUACUCUAGCUUAUACUUGCCUGUUAUAUAAUUGCUCAAUAUAUAAUAAUGCUUAUUUAUCCAUAUUUUUAUUCUGGCAAGUUUCAUGACUAGCAUCCGAUCAAACCAUUUGAUAAUUUGUACAACGUAUGAAUAAAUUAGACAUGUUUGAAUAUGUAUAUCGAAAUGUCUGCUUUUAAUCGCAGCCAAUAAUUCUGACAUUAGACAUAUUAAGUGUUAUCCAUGUUUGUUAUUUAUUUCCAUGUUUAUUGAUGUUACAUCACUAUAGAACACAAUCUAUUAAAUACAAGCCACUGAUGUCACAUCGUUACAGAAUAAAAACUAAGAAAUAUAAGCCGUGAUUUUACUGUUUUAAAUCAUGAUAUUCAGAUGUUUGAAGAGUCUCUUCUGUCUUGAUUCAUCACUGGGCCUUGGUGAUAUACACACUGUCAAGUCAUACUAUAGGUAUCAUUAUGGGUAAGAGCCAUUAGUUGUAUGCUCAAUUCUCUGACAUCAUAUAUAUUUAUUUACAUAUACCAGCUUUUACAAUUUCCUCUCCAAUAGAUUUGCAAUUUCAAACAUUUGGAGAUUACUUGAUUAAAGGUUCCAGAACUGAAUUCUGUCUACCAUUCGAAAUGUGUCCGUCACGUAAACACAGGAAUUUGGGACAAGACAUGCACCAACUGAAUGCGAUACUAUCUUAACUAAUCACCAUAACUUAGAGUGUUGAUUUCAUCACAAUUAUUUUGCUUACACCACAUCUGUUAUUGCAAAGAUAACUGACAGGACUCAAUUCCAUGUGCAAUUUCAUUCAUUCGAAAUGUUCCCGACUGACAAUCGGAGCAGUCUUCUAGUAACUGCAAAAUUUGGGUUCAGAGAGAUCAAAGUCAUUUAAACGGACAAAAAUUUGGUGCAAAUUUGAAAGAUAGCCCCUGCUUGUGAUGGAAUUGGAAACUUUCUAACUGAAUAAAAUUCAAAAAAUGGAAUAGCCCUUAAGAACAGUGUAUCUGUUAAAGGUCCUGAAAGGUAAUCGUUAAUAAGAUUUCCCUGACCUUUAUAUCAAUUUAAAUUUUGAGCAAUUAAUGUCACACAAUAUAAAAUAUUUUAAGUUUUAUUUGUAAUAGUAAUUUACACAAAAUAUUUAUAAUGCUUUUGCUAUGUAGUUUUUUUUUAAAAUUUGCAUGCUUUAAUUCCUGAAUGAUUUUUAUAAUGCUUUUAUAUGAACCUGUCUCAAAUAUGUUUGUGCUUUGCUGUGUGUGCUUAUUAUUGUUUGUUUGUUUGAAGACCAAUUACUGAGUGAUGUAUUGCUUUAGCUAUGCUAUCUCCUAGUCUUCCCAUCACUCACCUCUAUAUUCUAUUUAAUAUGACAGCAUGCUAUUGAAAAAGGUCUACCAGUUGUUAUCUUUUAUUUAUUAAAUUGUUGUAUAAUUUGACUGUUAUGUAAAUAGUAAGAGUAUAUUGAAAAUAUAUAUCAUAAUACUAUUCAUUAUUGUUUAUUUAUUUAAAUAUGUGUAAUUGUUGGUUUUUGUAGAGAUAAUAUAAUAAUCUAAUAAUGAAAAUGAAAUAAAAUAAAGAAAUUUGUUCAAAGAUGCAUUAUGUAAGUUUUAGAUAAAGAGUUGGUCAUUUUUGCUGUAUAUGAUAUUUCAAAAAUAGAUAAUUGAAGUCAUGAAGUUGGUCAUUUUUGCUGUAUAUGAUAUUUCAAAAAUAGAUAAUUGAAGUCAUGAAUGUCUGAAGUUUUAACAACUUUUAGUCUAAAUAGUCUUGGUUGUCAAGUACCUUUGCUAUUAUAGUCUUGGUUAUCCAUUUUAACAUUAACUGAUUAUAUGGCACAGAUGAUCCAAUCCAUUUAAUACCUUAGCCAUCCAAUGGACAAGACAGUGAAUAAAAUAGAUUUCUAAAUAAUAAUUUAUAUAACAUUUGAAGCCAGACUUUCAAUAGGUAGAUUUAGCUCUUACAUAAUGCAUCUUGAAUUAGUCUUGAGUUAUUGACAUGGAAAUAGUAUAUUAUAUUAAGAACUUUCAACUUAAGGAGUGGGUAUUAGGAAAGGGUAUUGUUAAUCGGUAUUUAGUCUACAAGUAUGUAAAGCUAUGUUUAUGGUCUAAAGCUACCUCUCUAGUAUAAUUAGUUGCUGACUAUUAGUUCUAUAUAUUGACCAUUUGUAGUUAGUUAUAAUGUGAUUGUUACAAGAGUCUAUUGUUAUGUAAUUUGAUAUAAUAGUAUAUAGAUAUAAUAUAUACAAUAUGUCUAGAAAGGAAUCUAUUUAAUCUAUCCACAAAAACACCUGCACAAAUAUAUUGUAGAAAAGUACAUGUUGUAAGGCAAAACUAUGUUUUAUUGUUAUUUAGCAGACCUAGAUUAGCGGUUGGUACUAAUUUGAAAAUCUGUAAUCAGAAUGCAGAAUAUGUUUAGCAGUGGCAUAUGUAGGAUUUCCAAAAGGAGCAGGUACCGGGGUACUGGAAAUUUUAAUUACUUUGGUUGUUUAAAACAGCCCAAAGUCGUUCCUUUUUUCCCUAAUAAUUAGCUCCGGGUCGUCUUGUCCCCUUACCCCUAAUUAUGCCACUGAUGCUUAUCGUUUUCUGUAAUAUAAAUUCUGUAUGACAUCAAUAUUUCUUAUUAGAUAGGUUCUGCAUUAGUUGUUCAGCUUAUUCUCAUAAAUUGACUAUCCAUGUGAAUAAAAAUUUAUAACCUGAACAAAUGUAACAAGUGUUAUUUUUAUUGGCGUGAUUUAUACAUAUAUCCUGUUUCUCUGUGUUAACUUACAUUUGGAAUAAACUGUUGAAAUAAUA